AUGCCAGGGUCUGUCUCAAACCUUUCCAGCGGCGUUCGGUCGCAGCCGGAUUCUUGCUCCUGGGAGUGCUCGGAGUGGGAUACUCAGAGCAGCUCUCUCGAAGCCCCUGACAGUCCGAGCAGCGUUGUAGGCAGCAGUGAUGAGGCUGUGUGUGAUGCUCGCAGUGACUGGGCCAGAAAGUUCAAUCCCACUGCAGCUUCACACCCAGCUCUCCCUCAGGCUUGUAUUUUCAACCAUGUGCAUGCCAGUCUUUUGGGUCAAUCGCUCUCAUUUGCUCACACCCAGUUGGACAAACUUCGUCGGUUGGAAGUGUUGGUCCAACAAAUCCUGAGAGAACUGCCCAAACUGAGGCGUGAGUUGAAGAAAAAACGAUUGCAGGUGAAAGGUUUGCAGAAACAAAUUGUUUUCGUUGGACGCCACCGCGGCCUUGCCACUCUGAGGAAGUACAAGGCCACAAAGACUGUCUGCAGUUCUGCUUUGGCGGAUGACUAUGAGGCGCGCAUUGGCUUUCCCAAUGUUUUGGAAGAGGCAGGGCCCUGGGAUCUCACGGAACUUGAUGGAUUCCAACAUGGCAUGCAGUGA